AUGAGCGACGGAAGCCGAAAAGCCGUGGUCAAAAAUGCUGACAUGUCUGAAGAAAUGCAGCACGAAGCUAUUGAAGCAGCCGGGCAGGCGUUCGAGAAAUUCAACAUUGAGAAGGACAUUGCGGCUUAUAUCAAAAAAGAGUUUGACAAACGACACGGUCCUACAUGGCAUUGUGUUGUGGGCCGAAAUUUCGGGAGUUAUGUGACACACGAGACAAAGCACUUUAUCUACUUCUACUGUGGACAGGUCGCCAUUCUUCUGUUCAAAUCCGGCUGA